AUGUCAGAGAGUCCUUCAGUCAUGUUCAAUAUUCUUAAAAGAAAUAGGCUAAUGUCUCCAAGAGACAGUGCUAAAUACUCCAAUUCUAAAGGCUCAUGUUCCACUUCAGGAUUUCUGGACAGCAGAUGUGAUGAGUCAUUACAAGAUCUUGGUGCAGAACAGAAAGAGGAACCAAGCACAGCAGAUCUGUCAUUGCUACAUGAGCGUUCUGAGCAGAAUCAUUCAAACUUAUUCUUUCCUGUGUCAUCAUCUAUUGAAAAUGAAAUGAAUUCCAUCUCUCUAUCAGAAAGAAGAGAAGCAAACAGAAGUAAAGAUAUUUUUGAAACUCCUAAAGUGGGUAAAAAAACCUCAUCACUACGUAGGAGACUGCUUUUAUCAAAGAUUGCUCCAGACAGCACCCCUACAGGAUGCCACGAAGGGCAAGACAGUUCUUCAGGAGGUAGCAGGAAAAAAGUACUCUCCUGUGUUUUGAGCUUUGAAGAGAGACUUUCACAAACUUCAGGUUCUCCAAGAGAUAAAAGUUACAGACAUCUUGCAACUAGCAGUUCAAAAACUGAAGAAUCUAGUCCUGACAGCCAAAAGAGGAGACUAUCCUUCUCACAACAAAGGUCUUCCACAUUAGAUGAGUCCAAGUGUAAGGAUGCAGCCUUAUCAGAACCCGAAUGCCUAUCUCCAAUUCAGUGCAAGCACAGUGUUAGUAAUGAAUUUGGGGAAGAUGUCCUUAUGAGUGUUAGUGGUGGGUCACUUAGCACGCCCAGUAGCAGUAUGUUACCAGAGCCUGAUGAGGGUAAGUCCCUGACAUCCAUCCACAGUGUUGUAGAGAACUUCAACUUUGAACUAUGUGACAGAAACACUCCCCCUGUUAAACUGGUGAGUUACCAAAAUCUUUCCACACCUGAGGAUAGUGGAUAUAACUCGCUUCAUUUGGAUAAAUCGGAAGACUUGCCCUCUGAUCAGGAGGGAUCUUUCCAAGAACUCAUUCAAAAUCAUAAAGGUGCUUCCAAAAAUCUGGAUAGUAAAAGAAAGACAAGAAAACUUGAACGGGUGAGAAGGUUAUCAACUCUUCGGGAACAGGGUUCACAGUCAGAGACAGAAGAUCGUGUCAGUCCUCCUAAUUCAGUGUAUAUUUUAACAGAAGAAAGAAACUCUCUCAGUGAAGACCAUACUUUGCUUUCAAAAGAACAGACUAAUAAAGACUUUGUUCUAAACCAUGGAGAUCUCUCAAGAACUCCUGCUCUGCAAAUAGUUCAUGAAAUUUGCUUGCAAAGCCAAAGAGCGGACCAAAAGCAAAUCCCAGAGAAUGCUGUUGGGAAAGAAAUAUUUGCAUUGGAAGAAGUUCUUGCUGGUCUUAUAGGCAAAAAAAUGGGCCUUGAAAAAUUAGAUAUCUUAACAGAACUGAAAUACAGAAAUUUAAAACAUGUUCUUGCUAUAGUGUUAGAUGCUUUGACAGUGGAAAGUCUAUGCAACAUUUGGAAAGUAAGCAAAAACUGGCGUGAAAUUGUCAUACAAGACAAAAAUGCAGACAAGAGGAGAAAGUCAUAUAUGAAACACCUCAAAGAAGCAGCUGCGGGGGAUUUUUUGAAUGCUGGAGAUGCUGUCACAAGAUUUACUCUUCUCAGCAGAUCUGCUCUAAGGCCUGUUCAAGCUCAAGCCAAAACUCCUGUAAUAAAAACACCACCUUCUCGCAGUGAACUUCUAAUACCCAUGAGAUGCAACACAUUUCCCCGGUCAAAUAGUAGGCAGGAAGAAUACAUAAAAGUUGCCAAAACUCUGUACACUGAUGAGGCUUUAAAACCCUGUCCAAGAUGUCAAUAUCCUGCAAAGUAUCAGUUGGUAAAGAAACGAGGACUCUGUAGCAGAGAGGCGUGUGGAUUUGACUUCUGUAUCUUGUGCCUACAUGCUUUCCAUGGGUCAAAAGAUUGUAGUAGUUUAUCUGCGAAAAGGCAGAACAGAAAAGAUGCUCCUCCAGGAAGUGCCCAAAGCAAGAGAAACUUGAAAAGACUCUAA